AUGUCGACGCCGGAUUGCGUGAGUGUCGCUAUUCCGCCAUAUCACUUCAUCCAUGUUUUGGAUAAAAAUACGAAUGUCAGCAAACUGGUUUCUGGUCCAGCUACCUUCUUCAGAAAAGAUCAUGAAAAAAUUGUCAAAAUGCCCCAAGGGAUGAUUACUAUAACACCGAAAUCAUACUGCAAGAUAUUGAAUCCCGUAAAAAAGGAUGAAAUUGGGAACGUCAUAAUAGAUGAAUAUGACCAGGCUUCAUUAGCCUAUGGUGACGAAGAGUACCGUUUUGCCCAACCUCCCUUUCCUCUGUAUCCUGGCGAAGAGCUUGUGAAGGAGGUUACCCCCCUUACUAUUCUUUCCGCAAAUUCGGCCCUCCUGCUUUCUGCAUUGGUUAACUUUCAAUCUGAGGGUGGUGUUGAUCGCACAGCUGGUGAAAGGUGGCUUCUCGAAGGCCCCGAACGUGUCAACGUUCUUAAAGCCUACAAUUUGGAUGAGAAGCACGCUCUCCAUGUCAAAGCGAAACGAACUCACGUGGACGACUUUGGUAAACGCAGACGACAUGGAGAGGAAUGGCUGAUUACACAUUUAGACGCCGAAAGCCAUAUCCCCAGCGUGGAUGAGGAAGUUGUUAAGGUGGUAUCACCCAUUGUUCUUUCCUCGACGAACUACUGUGUAAUUUGCGAUCCAGUUGACGACAAAGGUGUUCCGAAAAUUGGCAAGAAAGUUCUCAUCCAAGGCGAAAAGGCCUUUUUCUUAAUGCCGGGAGAGCGUUUGGAUGCCGGAAUAAAUAACGUCUAUGUACUUGGCCAAAAUGAGGGCAUCAUUCUUCGUGCUAUGGAGUCCUUCCAAGACGGAAAUACUGUAGGUCUUCUUUUUUCUAUUCUUUAA